AACGUGAAUCUCCUCGAAGGCAGCCCACACCUGAAUUGUUCCCAACAUGUCUAUCCCCAUGAAUUCUGGAUUACGUUCGCACUCUACGAGUUCUGGGAAAUCGGUAGUCAUGCCCUCACCUAUACCAAUUAGAGGCAUGGAGGGCAUGAGGACGGGAUCCGGGCUUCAGCCCUGUGCUGCAACGCCAACAUUCGUACUGUUUGCCCAAGGCACUUCGAUACUGUGUCUGCUAUACGACUCACUGGCGCUGGAGAGAAGGUUUGAAGGACAUGUGGAAGAUAUUACAUUGAUGGUUGCCGACAAUACCAGUGAAGACGGUGUGGGGAGGAUAGUCAGUGUGGACGCUUCGAAGCAGGCGAUUGUUUGGGAUUCGCAUACGGGUGAUGAACUCGCUCGGUACAAUGCAUUUGAAGAGAUCAAGGUGGCAGCGUGGAUGAAAAAUGGGAAUUUAGCAUUCGGUGGGUUCAGCUCUUGUUGCAGCAGUGGGGGAUUAUUACAAAGGGAAUCCCUUGGGUAACCUGGAAUGCACACUGACCGUUCCUGCAUUAUAAUUGAAUUCUAGGCGACUCCAUGGGAAACGUAAUAUUAUUUGACCCACUGACUUCGGAAUCAAUAUCUGCCAGAACAAUAUAUGAUCCCUUGUGUUCUAUAGCGCCUGGCGCGGAUUGCAAGACCUUUGCCUUAGGGUAUGCUAUGUUUUCUCGUUUUAUUUUUUAUCGGUUUAUCCAUUACCCCGAGGAUUUACCUGUCUUCUUUUCUUCCCCUGAAGAACCAUUCUGACAGCGCUAUCUGCAGGUACACCAAUGGCUCUGUGCUGAUCGCUGCCUUAUCCCCUUCGUUUAUUAUCCUGCACACUCUCACCACCACUUCGCUGCAGCCUUCACCCAUCGCUUCUCUAGCAUGGCAUGCAUCUUCAUCUCGCCAAAAGUCUGACAUGCUUGCGACACAGACGAGGGAUGGGGAUCUUAGAGUUUGGAGUGUGCCAAAGUCAUUGGAUGCUGAGGAGGGCGUGCGAGUGGUCCGCAUUCUGAAAAAGCCCGAUAGUAAUAGGAAAGGUGAUAAUUGGAUGGGCUGGUCGCGUAACGGCAGAAUCGUGCAAUAUUCGGAAGGGUAAGCAAUACAACCAGGAAACUCUUUUAAAUUAAAAUCAUUCCUAAAAUAGACGUGUGGGCUCGGUGAAAUAGAAAGAGGAGGGGAAGAAAAAAGGAGUGACCCCCACUGCAAGCGCUAUAGGCUAACGGAUAUUUUUGUGAUAGCGAAACAACAAUCUGGGAUGUUCGGACUAAAAAAGUUACCUGGGAGAGAGUAGGGACUUUGGAUAAUGUCUGCGGAAUCGCAGUUUUUGGACCAAAGGGUAUGCUUUUCACGUUGGGGAAGGAUGACACCGUUCAGCAGUUUACACUGUAUCCGCCUACUCUUUUGGCAAAUGUUCAACAUAUUCCUAGCGUUCCUCCUCCUUCACCUCCAGUAUCAAUCGAGGAGAAGAAGGUCAUUGGAGAGGAGCAAUAUGAAGGGGCAUUCCAACGCCCAUCUAGUAGCGAGGAAGAUGAAUACCUCAGGGCUACAAUGUCGCCACUUGGGCGCAUAGCUCACGAGCUGGAACAGUUGGAGAAAAUGGAGGAAGAGGCUGGGCUUGGGAUCAUAAAUCUUUCGAGUGUUCCGCCACUGCGACCGCGAACUGGUUCAGUCGGCAGGCGAUCUUCGGGCGGAAGCGCUAGUAGGGGUCACCAACAUAACGUUUCUAUAACAUCAUCAAAGGACGCUCAGCGUUCGAGUGGCGAUCAGAGCGAGUUCUCGCAAGCAACCGCGGUCUCUACUGGUCGUAAGAACUCAUUCGGCUCCUCAGGGGCGCCCGCGCCGUCUCCUUCGCGCCUCCCCCAUCCCCUUCGUCAGGAAAUCCACCAAAGCCCAGAUGAGGCGAAGACGGCCACCCCAUCCCGAGAUAUUGAUUUAUUUGCCGGUUUGAGGGCGAGGCUCGCGUCUGUCACGUAUCAAAGCCCACGGAUUGGAUCGCCGAAAAGUAACAUGUCAGAAGAUGACCACCGCAAGGAGAUGCUUUUUUGCAUCUUUGGGUGGAAGGGCGAUAUCGAGCAUUUGAUCCAGGACCAGCGUGCGUUUCAUCCCAUGUUUCCCCAGUUUACCUUGAUGGGCGCGCUGACUUGAAACACGUAGUCGAUUCUGUUGAUGCCCGAAGCAUGGGUGCCGUAAUCCUGCGUAUGUGGCUGGGUGAUCUGGAUCAGAAUUCGCUAUCGGUCUUACUAGGCGCUGAUUUUUUCGUUCCCGGAGACUGGGUGUUCCUUGCUUUAAGCGCUAUGGGUUAGUUUUUUCUUCUUUCACUGCCCCUUCAACCUAGAAUUUGCACUCUUUGCUAACGUAAUAAUAUACAGACGGACAAAAGUCUUGGAACCAUGUUGUACGAGCAUUCGUGAUGCGUCUGCUACAGAAAGGAGAACUGCAUACCGCUGUUUUAUGUCUGCUAGCCCUUGGAGACAAGAACGAUGCGGUAGAGGUUUACGUCUCCCAUAAGAAAUACAUGUGAGCGCACUUGAGCACACGUGGUAGGGCCAAUAUUGAUGGUUGAUUAUAGGGAAGCGGUCUUAUUGGCAUCGUUACUCUGGAAGAAGGAUUGGAAGAAACAAUCUCAGCUUGUGAGGAAGUGGGGUGAUCACUGCGCCGAGAAUGCCGAGGGCGCACUUGCUGCUAGAUGGUCUGCCUGUCAAAGUUAACCUCUUCAUGAAGUAUCACUCUGACUUAUAAAUCACAGUUUCGCCUGCGCUGGAACUGAAGCGCCACCUACUGAGCGACCGGCUCCGCUUCCAACUCGCACGCACUCUCGCUCAAGGUCAGAGACUGAGUCAAUUCAGAAUUUUGUUCGUGGUCUGCCGAUCAGUGCUCCUACUAAUCCCCGGACAACCUUGAGAAUGACCCCAAGGGAUUUUUCUCUGAAGCUUAUCACUUCAUUCAAACCUACUUCCCCUGAUCAUACACCACUCGCUUCCACCACCUCGCCCGUGGAGGGGGGCAAGAUCGCUUCGGUUAGCCGCUUCUUCGGUUGGGUGGGCGACAGGAAUGGAGCGAAAACCCCAAUUUCUGCCGGUGGAACUCCGAUCGCCAUGUCAGCCGUAUCACCCGGAGCUGACACCGCACCUUGGAACGCUAGGCGUGACCCAUUCGCUUCAAUGUCCGCGAAGACUGCGAUCCCACCUUCGUCUAAGCUCGCGCCAGUUACUGAGAUGUCUCCUGAUGAGGGGACAUCUAAGCAGCUUCAACAGCUGUCAAUCGAGAAACUCGCGCCUCCUCAGCCGGGGGAGAAGGAGAUGAAGAUCUCGUCCCCUAUCGAGGCACGUAACUCUGAUGGAUUCGCUGAGAGCUUGGGACCCGUCACCCUCGGCGAUUAUCCCAACCGGUCUGGCAAUAAUACACCCACGAAUUCAUCAAGAGUUGCUAGCCCCGUUGUCAUGCUUGGCCAAAUUCAAAGGACGCAGACCCCAGCAUCCCGAAGAGCCAGUCCUCCAAUGGCGCCAGCUCCAAUGCCAUUACCAUCGCCAGGGCCUCCUACACCCCCAUUAAAUCAAACCCCAACGAGCCCUCUUCCAGCCCCGCCUCCUGAGGCUUUCAACAAUAAUGGCGGGGGGCUCGCCGGUUCUUCGCCGAGGAAGCCCGUAGGCCUGCAGAUCCAGUGGCCUCCCAUGGACGACGUUAUUCGGCAUGCAAGGCCGUCUGUGCCGUCAACCAAACAUAGGCGCACUGGUUCCCGUACUACACCAUCCCUUCCACCUCUUACAGAAAAAUCAGCUAGCCGCCCGCAACCGCAGACUGAUGAUAUUGAUGGCCUACCGGAUGUCUUGGGCACUACGAACCACAAGCGACUGGCUUCGCAGCGCGCUUCCCCGCCCGGAACGAUCAGGCGCAGAGCAGAGUCCCCCGAUGCUCGUGGUUGGGGAUCAGCAAGGCAUAGGGGGGAGGGAUCACAGAAUGGUAGGGGGAGACAUGAGAGUCGGGAGAAAGUUAAUCAUCAACGUUCCCCUUCUAGCCCGCUACCGAUGUCGCCACAAGCUAGGCUGUACAGAGAGGAUAUUGGGGAGGACCUUCACGAAGAGAUGUUUGAGGAUGAGAGGUACUAUACUACUACUAAUCAACAUGACACAGAUCGGGCAACGAGUCGGGGCACCAGGCGUGAUGCAAGCACUUCCAGGUCGAGAAUGAGAAGCCGAGACGCGAGAAGACAAGAAUCAAAUAUGGUUAGGUCUCCUUCCGCUUCGGCAAUAGUGCCACUUCGAGAACAUCUCUAUCACGACGAAGCAGCAGUGGUAGACGACUUUGAAGACGAGAGAUACUAUACAGCUGUGCCACGCAACAAGUCGAGAGGCCGUGGCCGAUCGCAUUCCCGAAACCCCACCGCUUCUGCCCUCAGAUCACCGUCUAGUCCAUUACCAAUGUCGCCUGGGGCUCAGAUGUAUGCUCAAAUGGCCGAUGAGGCUGAAGCAGAAGAGCGCCAGACUAGGCGUAACAUCCGUCGCACUCUCCGUGAGGAGUCCCGAAACCGUGGCGUUGGAGGUCUUCGUAGAUCUAGAUCUGAGCGAACACUUCGCCAGUGGAGUGAUCAACUUGAGCGAGCGGGAAGUGUGGCCCGGCGGCCAUCCUUCUCAGGUUUGCCUUCUCGAGCUAUGUCAAUUCGUGGAGCAGGCCUGCCGGCUACUCCCCGUGCCUGGAAGAACGAACUCGGCGGUUCCCGCCCCGGGUCUCGCACUAAUUCACCUAACCCAGGGGCCAGAGGCCGCUCUCCCGCAUUGACAGGUACAGCUAACCCAAGCCCGCGCAUUGGUACCCCAGGUUCUGGUCGCACCAUGUCACCCGCACCCCUAUCCGGUGGCCUAACAAUAACUCUCGAAGCAGCCCGAGCAAACUCCCCUGCUCCUCGAGCGUACACCCCCGGGUCCGGCAGAACCCACUCUCCGGCCCCCGGCAGUGGUGGAAGCAAUCACUCCCGGGGACGCUCCGACUCCCGAGUUCAGCCAUCUCUCGGCCUCCCAACGCAACCCGGAGUCAUGAAGAUGCAGAACUACUAUUAUCCCGGCAUUGAUCAGCCGGUGGCAGAUUAUGAGCGGGUUUCUUCCCCCCGCGGUCCCAUCCCGGAGGUCCCACCUCUCCCAAACCCGUCGCACAUUCGUAAACCCUCUGGCUCCCAGCCUACGGGUUUCAAGCCGCUAAUCCCUCACCUCCGCCCCCAGCCACCCCCCGAUUCCCCACCGCCACUUCCCAAAGACCUCCCCGUCCACCCUGCCCUACAGGCACACCUCGAUAUCUCUGCUACAGGUGGACGUGGGGAGCAUCCCACCAGACUCCGUGGCUUCGACAGUGUACAACGGGCGGACAUGAGCCCUAUCGACGACAGCGGGGAAGGAGAGGCCAACAUAGUGGUCGGGAUCGCGGGUGAUGCUUUUCAAUUGGGUUCGCCGAGUAGCCUGCACGGUUACAACCAUCGGAGCCAUCAGAGCUCGCGUUCACGCUCACAUUCACGGCAUCCGACACCGGUUUCUACACCUGAGAUGAAGCAGUUGAGGGGCCAUCGCGCGAACCCGAGCUUGGGGAGUAUUGGGAGUGUUGGGAGCGCGGGAAGCAGUAGUGACCGAGCUACAGUUUCGUCGACUGAGGCUCUUGGGAGUUUGAACCAGUUUUAA